AGAGCGACACCAUCGAUCAGAUCAGAGUGGGGGAAAUGCUGCGUCGAAUAUUGUCCGGUGGCGCUCCGUCCGCAAUCCGCGGCACUGUGCACGCCGGCGACGGGAAACCGAUCCAAAGCCUGGCCCCUACUGAACCAUCCCAGCACCGGCGCUCCGGUGACCGGCCGGCGAUCCUUCAUGGCUAUUGACUCAUGCUGUCGUCAGCUUGUGGCCAGACCACGCUACAGGUCCACUGGCACGCCGGUCCCGAUGUCAGCCUCAUCCGUCCGGGCCGGCGUGAGCGUGACGCCGUCGCCGUCCAGCGCCAUCUGGCCACCAGGCUCCCACACAUGGCCUCCUGCAUGCACGUCACCUGUCGCUGCCUCAUACGCCGCGGCAGCGCGCGCCCACAGCCGUCCCUUCGUCCCGCUCGACGGCCAGGAUCUCUCCGCCGCCCGCCAUAAAUACCGCCGGCACGCGCGCGAUCGACCUCUACACCCGCCUGCUCUGGCCACAGGAACGAAAAGAAAAAUGGAGCUGGAGGCGGCCACGCGGCGGUUCCGCCUCUGGUUCCGCGGGCUGCGCUCGCUGCGCCGCGACCUCCGGUCCGCCCGCUGGGACGGCGACGACCAGGCGCAGCUCACCAAGCUCGUGGACGGCUUCGUCGCCCACUUCUCCGACUACUGCGCGGCGCGCGCCGAGGCGGACCCGGUCUGGACGCUGGCGGCGCCGUGGGCCACCCCCGUGGAGCGCGGCGCCGCGUACUGGCUGGCCGGCUGGCGCCCCACCACGCUGGUCCACAUCCUCUACACCGAGUCCAGCCGCCGCUUCGAGGCGCAGCUCCCGGACCUGCUCCUGGGCGUGCGGUCGGGCAACCUCGGCGACCUCAGCCCGGCGCAGCUGGCGCAGAUCGACGAGCUCCAGCGCCGCACCGUCGCCGAGGAGGACGAGCUGUCGCGGGAGAUGGGGGCCGUGCAGGAGGGCCACGGCGCCGUCGGGGCGGACGGCGAGCUGGACGUGGACGGGCUCGUCGGACGCGUCGGCGCCGUGCUCGCCGGGGCGGACGCGCUGCGGCUGCGCACCAUGAAGCGCGCCGUUGAGAUCCUCGAGCCCGCGCAGGCCGCUGAGCUGCUCGUCGCCGUCGCCGACAUGGAGAUCGGGUUCAGGGAGUUCGGGCUCAAGCACGACGGCGCCGGCUCGGGCCGCGCCGGGUAGAACGUCCAGCUGACAGGCCGAGCCCGGUUUUUUUCCAAUUUUUUUAUUUUGGUUUGACCGGGACAGAAAGACCUCCCACUCUUGUAAUCUUGUUUGCCGUGACGAUUGUCUUGCCAGGCAGACGGUCGCGCGGUGAGUGCUUCGUCGUAGCUGGGCCGUGUCAGGGGCGUGCUGUCGUGAGAGUAAUAAAAUGCAGCAAAAUGCAUGUUGGUUUCGCUGUUGGGAA